AUGCGCGUCCGGAGCGUCUUGACGAUCUCGAUGCAUGCGUCCGGCGUCGGGGACCUCGGCGUGCUCCCGGGCUCUAUCGCCGUCACCUGCGGCGAGGACGGCUACGUCCGCUUCACGGACCUCACGACGCUCAAGGAGCUCAAGGCCAUGAUCCUCGACUCGGACGAUGGCACGAUCCCGUCGCUCGCGGUGGGCGGCAACGACAUCUUUGUCGCCACGUCCGACAACUAUGUGCUCAACCGGUACAGCGUCAGCGCCGGUGCCAAGCCCAAGUUUGAAGGCUGCUUCCUCCGCUGCACGGAGGACAUCAAGCAUGUCGACUGCUCGACGAGCUACGUCGGCGUCGUCAGCGAAGACACGCAGAGCCGCAUCGUGUACCGCGCCAACAUGGAGCGCCUCCUCCUCCUCAAUGGGCACAAGGAAGUCGCUAAGAGCAUUGCCAUGGACCCGAUUGAGACGUACGUUGCGACGUCGGGCGCCGACAGCACGGUGCAGAUCUUCAACAUUGCCAACAUUGACGACGACACGGUCGAGGUUACGGCGCUCAAGAGCCUUCCGCUGCAGUACCAGAAUGGUAUGAAGGACGACGACGUGCUUUGCCGCAUCGCGUGGGCGCCUCUCGACGGCCGCUUCCUCGCCGUGCCAUUGCGCACCAACACGCUCGGCCUCUACGCACGCGACUCGUGGGCGCUCACGCACAAGCUUGUGUUUCCGAGCACCGAUGGGAUUGUGCACGCCGACAUCAACGUCGUUGCGUUCUCGCCCAACGGCCGCUACGUCGCCGCCGCCUCCAUGGCCCGCCAGGUCUUUGUCUGGUCGGUGGCGACGCACGAGUGCAUCGCCGUCUACGAAGUCGACGACGCGGUCAUGGCGCUUUCGUGGCUUGUCGAUGCGAACGGGAUUGCGCUCCUCUUGGCCUCUGGCAACGUUGGGUACGCCGAGAACGUGGCGCCCGAUGCAUGCGAUACCGCUCCUGCCACACUUGCUUCUCUCGCGCUAACGAUUGCCGCGCCGACGGUUGUGGUGCCCGAGGUAUUGUCUGCCCCCAUGCCGGUCGUGCCGCCGGCGUUCGAGCGCGCCGUCCUCGAGGACGAGGACGAGGACGAGGACCCCGACAUGCAGGUGAACGCGAUCAAGGCGAGCUUUGGCUUUGGCCAAGACAUGACCAUCCUGCCCGCCGCCUUGCCCGUCGAGUCGUCGUCGUCGCCCGCCCCGUCGCCGCGCGGCGCGUCGCACGUCUCGCCUUUGGUGUUUGCCAAGCCGUUGGCACCGCCGUUCCAGAGCGGCAGCAUUCUCAGCGGGCCCGUGACGCUCCUGGCGUGGUCGCCGCUCGGCGAGAUCGAGCGACUGCCGUCGACGGACGACCACUUGAUUCAAGUGAGCUUCGCCGACAAGAACCGGCGCGGCUUCAAGUUUGCCGACUCGUAUGGCUUCCUCAUGGCCGCCUUCGACGCCUACGGCGCGUUCUUUGCGUCGCCGAGACCCGACGACGACGGCCACAGCGUCCUCUUCUACCGCCGCUUCGAGUCGUGGGCGGCGAAUGCCUCGUGGCACGUCCAGCUCCCGAGUGACGAAGACGCGCUCUGUGUCGCCAGCGCCGACCACUUUUGCGCGGUGGCCACGUCGAUCAACGUGCUGCGGCUGUACACGACAGCCGGGAUCCCGUACGGGUCCUUCUCGCUCCGCGCCCGCGUGCUCACGAUGGCGGCCUCGGGCCCGUACCUCGCUAUUGUCACCCAAGUGUCGCGCGAGGCAUGCCUUCAUUGUGACGUGUACAAGUUGCCCUUUCAGCGCGGAUCGCCCCGGGUGGCGGUGGUGGCGUCCAGCCCGCUCCCGCUCUCGCCACAAGCGGACUUGCGCUGGCUUGGCUUUAACGACGCCCACAUGCUCUUUGCCAUGGACAGCGUCGGCACCUUGCAUGUGCUCAGCCACGGCAUGGGCGACCAGUGGACGCCGCUUGCGUCGCCGGGCCCGCACGUGUUUGCUCUCGGCUUCCUCAAGGAUACCUUGUUGUACAUUCCGCUGCCCGAAGACAUUGACGUGCCCCGCCUCGCGCGGAAGAACCGGCCCGUGCCCUCGACGUUUGUACUGGGCCGCGCGCCCGAGCGCAUGGACAAGAGCAUGCCGCUGUACCCGUACCACAAGGUCGAGCACCUAGUCUGGACAGACAGUCGCGACGUCGUGACGGAGCAGGCGGGCAUGGACAAACAGCUCCUCGUGAUGCUCAAGGAGGCGUGUGCGAACGACAUGCCGGCAAGGGCCCUCGAUCUCGCCAAGUGCUUUACGUUGGAGAAGAGCCAUACGAUCGCGCAGACGAUCGCGACGCAUUUCGGCAUGCGGCAGCUCGGCGCACAGCUCGAAGCGCUCUACGAAGCCUUUGUCGCCCAAGUGCCCGAGAUGGACGCACCCACGUACUCCAGGACGAGCUAUGCGCAGCCGACGUCGCCGCCGCGGCGACAGCGCAACUUUAUGCCACCGCUCAAGCAGUACCGCCCGGCCGAGGACGAGGCAAGCAUCGUGCACGAAGAGAACGACCUUGGUCAAGACGACGACGACGUCUCGGCGGACGAGCGACACGUCGCGCCGCCGCAGACGCCACCGCGCGCGCCGGCACCGAUGCGCACGAACCCUUUCUUCAAGGGCAGCCAGGAUGGGAAGCGGAAAGCCGCGCCUGGAUCGCUGGAUACGCUCAAGUCGCCACCGCCCAAGAAGAAGGCAAUGGGCUCCCUCUUUGCCCGCAAGUAG